AGUUCAGUCCAGCCGGUAGUUAAUGCACAACACGGACUCUAGCGCCUGUUCGGGAGCGGACCCAGACUCGGAGCCCCGGACACUGGGACAGGUGACCAGGGGAGGGAGUAGUUCCUACAGCCUGCAGUCGGGCCGGAGAUCCCGAAGGUUUUGUUCCGCGCGAGGUCCUUGAGCUUCGCACACUCCUGCGGGAGAGGUUAUGGCAAUGGCAGCGCCGGGGUUAAUAGAGCCAAACCUGGGCUGGGCGGUGACGUAACGGAUCAUUUGCAUAGCGCUCUUCCGGGUUACGCACUCGGCGGAGGGGGUUUAUGCAAAUGAGGGCGGAGCUGGAGAACGUGCUAGCGGAUGGAGAGUUUGGUGCGCCAAGAUCCACCUCCUGUCUGUCCUUGCUAUUUCACGGUCCUCCAUGCGCGUCCUCUUCCGUGUCCACAGGCCGCGCGUCGACCGCCCCCGCCACGCGGGAGCCACGACUCUCCCCGAAGGACCCACUCACCGGCCCGGGGGCGCCCGAGCGGCGCCGCCCGGAAGCCGAUGCCCACUCGGGAGCCCCUCCACACCUGCGGCUCCCGGGGAAACCUGCAGACCCACCCGCCUGGCCCUGGUCCCCCGCGACCGGUGCCUGGAAGCCUCAAACCCAGCGCGCCUCGCCCUCUGUGCCAGCCCCAGCCCGGAGCACACAGAACAAGGCCCAGGAAGAUUGUAUUUGAGGAUGAGCUGCCCCUGGGCACCAAGAAGUCUAUUAGAGCCGUCCCCAAGGAACAAAUGCCUAGGCUCCACCCAGUUCCUGACUAUGAGCUUAAGUACCCAUCAGUGAGCAGUGAGACGGAUCGAAGCCGCUAUGUUGCAGUGUUCCAGGACCAGUACUCAGAGUUCUUGGAGCUCCAGCAGGAGGUGGGCUCUGCCCAGGCAAAGCUCCAGCAGCUGCAGGCCCUGCUGAACUCACUGCCUCCACCCCAAAGCCAGAAGGAGGCCCAUGUUGCUGCCCGUGUCUGGAGGGAAUUUAAGAAGAAGCAGAUGGCUGGGACGCUUGUGCCCUGUUUCAAGGAAAGAGAACUGAGGCUCAGAGAGGGAAAGGCAAAGGGUCAAGCAGCUUGAGAGCCACAGGCCAGACUGCCAAAAGGACUUCCCUGGCUCUUGCCCUACUCAGGACCCCAGCUUCCUGGACAAGCAGGCUCGCUGCCACUACCUAAAGGGCAAACUAAGGCACCUGAAGAUGCAGAUCCAGAAGUUUGAUGACCAAGGAGACAGCGAGGGCUCUGUGUACUUCUGAAUGUCCUAGCCAAGAGACAGAGAGAAACAUGGGGUGGGGCUCGGGGCCCUUCCCUUACUUCUCUGCCCAGCUCCUGGCCUUAGCUCUCGCUGUUGCCCACCCCUGGGGUACGCCUUCCCUGAUUUCAAGUGACUCUGCCUUUAAGGCCCAGAUCUGAUGGCCCGUCCUCCAGGAAGCCCUCCCAGAACCUCCUCUGGGACUCCCAAGGAGACCCCAGAUCUCAGCCCGUGAAGCGGGUCCUACCCUCCAUCCCAGUGGAAUAAACACCUAUUAAAUACCUACUGUGUACAGCUGCA